UUGUAUGUUUUUGUUUCGGAGUAGCAGUCAUGUGAUAUCAGUCAGCGAAAAUGGAGCUGUCGUUCAAAUUGCUUUUCUGUUCAAUCCUAAUUUGCCUAACUUCAAAAGGUAGCCAUGCUGUUGACAGUCUGCGGUUCCUCAUCAUUGGGGAUAUGGGAGGAGUUGAUUAUGCACCAUACAGUACUUACUAUGAAAGAUCAACUGCUGCAGAAAUGGGAAAAAUUGCAGACCUUUACUCACCCCAGUUUGUAAUGGAACUGGGAGAUAACUUUUAUUACGAUGGUGUGAAAGAUGUUAAUGAUUUCAGAUUUCAGGCCACAUUUGAAGAUGUUUACACUGCAAAAUCCCUUCAAAUUCCGUGGUACUUUAUUGCUGGGAACCAUGACCAUCAUGGUAAUGUCACAGCCCAAAUAUUAUACACUCAGCGUUCUAACAGAUGGAAAUUCCAAGACUACUAUUACUACCUAGAGUUUCCAUUUGCGGAUGGACAGCAUUCGGUUGGUUUUGUUAUGGUUGACACUGUGCUGCUCUGUGGCUCAACCGAUGACUUUGUUGCCAUGCAGCCUCAAGGGCCAGAGAAUAAAAAGAAAGCUGAUGAGCAAUGGGCUUUUAUUGAAAAUUCUUUAAAGAAGAGCAGAGCUGAUUACUUAUUCACUGCUGGUCAUUACCCUGUCUACUCUAUAGCUGAGCAUGGCCCUACAGAUUGCUUAGUUAAACAACUAAAUCCCAUGCUGGAUACUUAUAAAGCCAAUGGUCACUUGUCUGGUCAUGACCACAAUUUACAGCACCUGCAUGUCAAAAGUGAACAGGGAAAUAAUUUAGAUUACUUUGUGUCAGGAAUGGCAAAUUUUGUUGACUUUAGCACCAUUCACAACAGUUCAGUCCCCAUUGACUCUCUCAAGUUCCACUAUGGAAACAUUGCAUCCAAGGGAGGAUUUCUGUAUGCAGAAACUACGACCAGUAACAUGACACUGACCUUUAUUACUGCUGAUGGUGUUCAACUGUAUACCACCACAUUAUGGCCCCGUAAAGUUUAGAAGUUUCUUUCAAAUAAUAAUUCAGUUUAUCACUUUUGUCAAGUUUUUUUUUAAAAGUCAUUCUUCAGAUAAAGAAAUUUUUUUAUAAAUCACAUUUUUAAAUUAAUUUUUUUAACCAAUCACAAUUUUAUUGUAAUCUUGUGAUUAUUGAAAUGCUAUUGAUGUAUGGGAAAUUAGAUGAUCUUCUUCAAUACUCAUUUCCUAAUGUUCAGGGAAAAUCAAGAAGAUUACAUGAAAAUGUACUAUACUUCAGCUUUCCAUUUUGAUACUCAUUUUUAUACUAUUUACAGUGGAAAAAGAAUGAUUUAUAAUUUUUUAUAUAGUUGUGUGGAAUAGAUUGCCUUAUUAAAUCUUUUAUAAUAAUGUACAAUUGAAUUUGUACUUGUAUAUGUAAUAUAAGUUUAAAUAUAAAGAUUAAAUACUAACUUCAAACUUAUGAGCAAGAAUAUUAUAAAUUUCAAAAUUUAUAAAAGCAACUUAGAGGCCAUUAGAUUUGACUCAUUCAUUAUCACAAGGCCUAGUACCCAAUUCAUGCCAGUAGAAAAAUAAUUGAUUGUGUAAAUCAGGUACAUCAGUUUACUUAAGAAAUAUUACAAUAAAAUUUCAUUAACAUCUUUGCAUUCAUUGCUAACUUUUGAUUGACUAACUCACUUUGGUGUUGCUGCAUGAUUUAAAAGUUGAUUGAUUUUGAAUCAUUGAACUUUAACAAACAUAUUAUGUUGUUAUACAAUGAAUUGUAAUAAACAUUUGUCUGCUGAUAACCACUAA